AUAAGAGCUGUCAUGUGAGGACUGUACUUUACUCCUCUGGAGAAAACAGAAGAUACAAGACUCAUAUCCCACAGCAUGGAGUUCAGCCGCAUCUCUCUGUUGACUUUGAUCUUCAUCUGGGAUUUCCUGUGCGUCUUCAAGCAUAAUGCUGCAGCACACGCUGAUCUUUAUGAGAGAAACUCUGAAGAGUUGCUGGAGACUAUGAAGAGUCAAAUAAAACACCUGCAGGUCAGAAAUGAAAACUCACUGAUCAUUCAUGCAGGAGAAACACUGACGCUAAAGUGCAGAGAUUCAGGAUCUGAAGUGGAUUCUCUGUUCUGGCACACACCUUUCGGACAGUUUGAAGGCUGCAACCACCAAAACAAAGACCCAGUGGAAAUAUGUAAUAGCUCCUUGAAGAUUUCAAGAGCCACAUCCAGCCAUGAUGGACUGUUUUUCUGUAUCCGUGAGGAUAAGAUGAGCAAAACAAUCACACCCUACAGAAUUAAUGUAAUAGCCUUAAAUCCCAACAUCAAAAAACGACUAACCACUGCAAGAGAGGCAGAAGUUAAUGCAGAAACGGUGUCUGAAAGCGUUUUUGUGGCUGCUGUGGCUUCAUCAGUGAUUGUGAGCUUUUUAGUCGCCUUCACACUUGGCGCGCUUACAAGAUCUUACGUCAUGACAUGUUUACAAACAAUACGUGUUCAUUUACCCUUUAAAAAAGACAACAUUAAUGAACAGAACAACUUACACAACGAUACGGCACAACCUCAAUCAGUGUUCUUCAAGAAAAACGACACUGAAGACACGGUCGAUAUUGGUUUUGUUGAUGACGUUUUUAUUGAUGAUGUUGUAGAAAUUGGCGGGAAUGACGAGGGAAACCAACAGACUUGCGAAGGAGAUGAAGAAACUCGGGAGUUUAGAUCGGUGGUAAGUCCACAUCCAAAGAAGAAAGCCCGCGUCAUUAAAGUCUACAAUUACGAUGAAGAAGGGAAUCGGUUUAGUCAUAUUAAAGACUCGGAGGUGGAGGAUGAAGAAGAGGUCAGGCCGAAGCUGAGGACGAGAUCUCUGACGCGACUCGACGCCAUCAUGAAACGGGCGGAAACUCUAGACUUCAAUCCGGUCAGUGAGGAAAAUGACGGUCAGUCGACUGAACCAGAUCAAAACAUUGAUGCUACAGUCUCGCAAUUUUAAACAGAGGCCAUUGAGAAAUAUGCAAGUCAAAAAGAAAGAGAGUAAAACUUGUUUUCAAGUAGUGCUACUACUGGCCAGUGAUUAGGCAACAGUUCUCACUGUGUGUGUUGUGUGUGUUUAAUGUGUUUA